CCUUCAAUGUCAACUUGUGUUAUUAUGUCUCAUGUUAAUUAAACUUCUGGUUAUUAUUUCUCUCUCUCUCCCUAGUAAUUGCUCAAGUGAAAAAAAAAUGAGUGGACAAACAGAAUUUUUAUGAUUGGUAGGUUUGAAUUUACAAGGUUAGCAUGGCUUGGUUGCAAUCAUAAUUCAUUGGGGACCCUUUUCUUUCAAAAAUUGAUCUGUCUUUUUUUUUAUGUAGAAAAAAAAAUAAUUGUCUUUUGUUGUUGUGACUUUUGGUUUCUGUUAAGCUUUAAAAAAGGGAUGAAAGGUUUUUGAGUGUGAUUGCAUCCUCAUGAGAUUGAGAAAGAGGAAACGAUGUUUUCCUUCUUGCUCCUCUCUUCACAAAGUAAAUCAAAUAUUCUCUUCUUUUUUUCCCCUCAUAUAUCACUGAUUUUGAUAAUGUAGGAGUUUCUAUAUAUAGUAUUCAGAAACUGCAUCAUUUUUACCAGUUUCUGUAACCAUUUUGAGAAAGUUGAUGAAGAUGAGAUUUAUUGGAGACAUAGAAAGAAAGAUGAAGAGUUGGAAUGGUCACAUAAUUCCACUCACUUAGUAUCUCAGUUUGCUCAAUGUUUUUCUAAUGCUAUGGUUGGAUCAAGAUCAUGGAUAGGAGCACUCUUUAACCGCAGUAACACUCGAAGAAAUGCUGACUAUCUUUUGACACCAAUCCAGGAGCAAAGACUUCAAAGACUUCAAGAACGGGUGAAUGUUCCAUUCGAUGAGGCUCGACCGGAUCACCAAGAAGCAUUGUGUUCAUUGUGGCAUUGUGCCUUUCCAAAUGUCUCUCUGAAAGGCUUGAUAUCUGAUCAAUGGAAAGAAAUGGGAUGGCAAGGUCCUAAUCCAUCAACAGACUUUAGGGGAUGCGGCUUCAUUUCGCUCGAAAACCUACUCUAUUUCGUGAGGACUUAUCCGACAUCUUUUAACAGGUUGAUGACAAAGAAAGGAGGAAAGCGAGCGACAUGGGAGUAUCCGUUUGCCGUUGCUGGCAUUAACAUAUCAUAUAUGUUGAUACAGAUGCUGGAUUUACACUCAGAGAAGCCUAGAUGUCUUCCGGGCAUUAAUUUUGUCAGGUUAUUAGGAGAAGAUGAAGAAGCAUUCGAUGUUCUAUUUUGUGUAGCGUUCGAGAUGAUGGAUGCGCAGUGGCUUGCUAUGUGUGCAGAGUACAUGGACUUCAAUGAGGUUCUACGAGCGACGCGGCUGCAGUUGGAGAGAGAGCUAUCCUUAGAAGACAUCCAUAGAAUACAAGAUUUACCUGCUUACAACCUCUUGUAUCAAUAGGCUUUCCACUCUUCUUUCUCUUCUUCUUCCCUUGUCCAUAUGAGCAACAAAUUCCACAAAUGAUGAAACAAUUUUGUAGGUAUUGCAUAUACAGUUUCACUUACAAUGUACUUCAGGGGCUUUUAGUAUUCCACUUUUUAAUGAACUUGUGUUGGUCACUUAUGAAGUUCUCUUUAGCUGACAUUAACUGAAUCAAAUGAGUGGCUAAUGACAUGCAUUCUUGAGAUGCAAAAUGCAUAUGGAAUUGAUUAAUCAACAGGGAGCAAGAAGCAAGAAGCAAGAAGCGCGAACCAAUUCGUACGUUCCGAUUCGCAAUUCAAUCAUGUAACAGUCAUUGAAUAUAUCAAAUGCAAAAUACCCAAAAUUUAUGUAGAUGAAGUUUCUUUUCUUUCUCCUGGGAACUGAAUCAUUCUUGAAAAUGUAUUGAGUUUUAGACAUUGAAUUGAAAAUAAUAUGCUAAAAUUAGGUUUAGUUUUUGGUUUUAGCUUAGUCUUAGAAGUUGUCUGGUGACCAUCAAUUCCAGUGUUACUCGGAUUUUGAAUAGAACAGCAUAAUUUGCGAACCUUUUAAUGUAUUAAGUUAAUCAAAAUAAUAAUC